GGUGACUCAUCUGAGGAAGUUGACCUGACCAUGGUUUACCAGGCAGCGUCUAAUGGGGAUGUCAAUGCACUGACUGCAGUGAUUCGGGAAGACCCUUCCAUCCUGGAAUGCUGUGACAGUGAAGGAUGUACACCCCUGAUGCACGCGGUUUCUGGACGUCAAGUGGACACAGUGAAGCUGCUGUUGAAGAUGGGAGCCAACAUUAACAUGCAGGAUGCUUACGGCCGCACAAGCUUAUGCUUAGCCACCUAUCUGGGUUGGCUUGAAGGCUGUGUCAGUCUGCUCAGAAAUGGUGCCAAGCACAAUAUCCCAGAUAAAAAUGGCCGUCUGCCACUGCAUGCUGCCACUGCUGAGCCUGAUGUGAGGCUCCUAACAGUCCUGUUGCAACAGUCAAACCUCAGUGAGAUAAAUCAUCAGGACAAUGAGGGAAUGACACCACUCCACUGGGCGGCUUUCCACAACCAGCCUCAACACACCCAAAUGCUGUUGAAGAAGGGGGCAGAUCCCACCCUUGUGGAUAAAGACUUUAAAACAGCUCUCCAUUGGGCAGUCCAGAGUGGAAAUCGAAUCCUGUGUUCCAUCAUUCUGAGCCAUCAGCAGGGCCCAUCUAUAAUCAACUACGACGAUGAGAGUGGGAAGACCUGUGUACACAUUGCAGCUGCAGCAGGCUUCAGCGACAUUAUAAAUGAACUGGCAAGAGUCCCCGAGUGUAACCUGCAGGCUCUAGAUGUGGAUGACAGGACCCCUCUGCACUGGGCUGCAGCUGCAGGAAAAGCUGAAUGUGUCCAGUCCCUACUGGAGUUGGGCAUGGAUGGCAACCUGAGGGACAUCAACGAGAGCACACCCCUGGCCUAUGCCCUGUACUGCGGUCACACAGCAUGUGUCAAACUCCUCUCUCAAGAGAACAGGACAGAGCCUGCUCGACCCCCACCUUCUCAGAACAGUAGACCCCAGAAGAAGGAGGGCCAGUUCAGCAUGCUCAACCAAAUCUUCUCCAAAAACAAGAAAGAGGAGCAGAGAGCCUAUCAGAAGGAUCACAGCAGGGACCGAUACAGGGGGGAAGACACCUCGGAAGUUGAUGACAUCAUCACCACCUUUGACAACAUCGUGGAUACCAACUGCCAAGAACAGUCUGGUGAUCACGUGGCUAUGGUCGACUUUAAAAAGAGGACCUCAGAGAAUUCAAAAUAUCUCUUACCGGAAAAGAAACCUCUGGCCCGAAAGGGGCUUCCACCAAUUAGAACGCAGAGUCUCCCACCCAUCACCCUGGGCAAUCACUUCCUGACCGCCUCCCAGGGGACCACUUCCCAUGCUGGCCCCAGCUCUGGUCCUCAUACCACCCAGCAAUCUCAGAAAAGUCGAAGUGAGCAGGAUUUAUUAAAUAACAGAACUGGCUGCCAGACAUUGCUUGAAAACCCCUGGAGGGGUGAUUCUAAUCAGGUGUUCUCCUACAAAGCUUGGACUGUGUCUUCUUCAGAUAAACUGCUGGACAGAUUGUUCACUGGCCGGCCUGGUCACCAAGAGGUCUUGGGGCCACCACACCUUCCUCAUCUACAUAAUCCUUCAUCAGGACAAAAUUUUCAGCAUCUCUCCCCAAACAGACCCAAAAUCAAGGAUCUUCCUUUUACUCGGAACAACCUAGCUCCCCUACCAGACCAAAAAUUUCUAUCUGGAGAACCUUUACGGACAAACCGAGUUCUUCCUGCUAUUCCAAGUCAACGAGGACACAGCACACCAGCUACAGAGCAUGAGCACUCUGCCUGUCCCAUCAAUGAUGAAAAUUAACUGUGGGCCACUCACCGCAGAUAAAUAGACUGUAAAAAUAAAUAUAUUUUUUCAACUUUCAAAGAGUGAGAUUACUCUAGUUUGUGAGAAACAAAGACUAAUUUAGUAAGCUGCAUUCUAUAAGCCAUUUAUAGUUUUAUAACUCAACACUCCUUAUUACAAAUGAAGAAACUCCCUAUAUAAGCACUUAGAAUCUUUGAGUGUAUAUAUACAUAUAUAUUGUAAGUCUUUAAGUUUCUGUGACCUCUACAGGCCAACAUUAAAAGACAAAAUAUGU